GCAACACUGGAGAUUUCAAAGAAAGUAUUUUUUGUGGGGUUUGUUUAGCAGAGAGAAGUUGUCCAAAUCAGCCCGAAAAGUAUUUCCUUGUUCAGGAUAGUUUCUUCUUCUCUUACUUUCAAACUCCAGAAUAUUAUGUGUGCAAUGGAAAGCAUAUAUAUAUGCCUCAUUAAAUGAUUAAAAAAAAUGUAAUUUCUUUGAUGUAAGUGUUAGCUCUAGGUAUUUACUGAUGUCUUUAUAUAUUCUAUUAGAUGCUAUUGGUUGGUCAAGCCGAUAUAUGGUUCCUUCUAAAGCCAGCAGGGAUUCCAAAACCUGUACGGUUGAACUCUUUUAGCCUUCAAGUUACAGAAGAAGCAUGGCACAAUUACCCAAUAUUGCUUGCAUUUUCUUCACCAACUCACUCUUAUACGCUAAUGCAAUGGUUGAUAACGGAAAAGGGAAGCUGCGAUGAGCGUUGCAAUCGUCGUCGUCGUCCACAAGCCGCCGUCCACAAGAGGAAGAAGGAGCUCGUCUUCCAUAAGAAGGAGAAGGAAGUCGUCCAUAGGAAGCUUUCCUUCCAAUAUGAUGAGAUUCCAAUUCCAGAUCCAAAGGCUAAACCAAUCUUCUCUGUAAAGAUCUUCCAGGAGUUGAAGAAUUCCAAUUUCCUUUUCAAGGAACCGAAUGCUAUUGUUCUCGACAAGGAGGAUUUUCCAGUUUCUUCUCAACCUACACGGAGGGAGAUGAUGAUGAGACAACAAAUUGCCAAUUAUCUUUAAGAAAUGUCAGCUAGGACUGGCAUGACAGUGGGUGAGAUGGAGAUGGACCAUUUAGCUCGUUGGGAAAACUUAAAUGUCAUGAAAUGGUUUUGCAAGUGUAUGGAAUGAACAUUUUUUCCGAGUUGUAUGUUUGAAACUCUUGAAAUUUAGAGCCUUUUUGAUAUUUUUCAGCUGAGUGAAUGCCUACUGUUUGUUGGGUUUGGCCCAUCCGUCCUAUGUGGAGAAAUGGCCCGAUAUUUGUGGACUAAGUCCACACAUGUUAAGCCCCAUGUAUUUGCUGCUCUUUAAGACGAAGAAAGAAGUCUAAUUUGG